UCUUUUAUGGCACCUUAAUACAUUCAUUGUCUCUCACUGAACUUGAAUUCAUUCAUAAUGCUCUUUUGGGUGUCGACAACCGGGGCAAAAUUGCUUUUUUAGAACGUAACGUUUCGAACGAGCAAACUUUGCGCGAUAUUAUCAAGAAAUGGGAAGUUACCGAAGAUAAACAUGCACCACAAUAUCCAAAUUCGGGCAUUGGUAUGGACUUGCCUUUAAUUGACUGGCUUAACAAAUAUACUUUUCCUCUGGAACAAUCUUACUCGUCAACUAAAUUUGCCGAGAAAGUGUAUCCAACUGUUGUUAGUAAUUUAUUACGUUGUGGCACAACCACUGCUGUCUACUAUUCAACUAUUCAUCUAGAGUCUACUAAAUUUUUAGCCAAGAUAGUUCAGCAAAAAGGUCAAAGAGGGUUCAUUGGUAAAGUAAAUAUGGAUUGUAAUAGCCCAGAAACUUAUGUUGAAGCAAUGGAAUCUAGUGUAAAAGACACCAUGCAAUUUGUGGAAUACGUAUUAAAUUUAAACAAUGAAUCUCCCGAUGAGUCUAAUCUCGUUACACCGAUCAUAACACCAAGAUUUGCAAUUUGUUGUUCAUCUGACCUUAUGUACGCCCUUGGCGAAAUCGCAAAAAAGUAUGAAAUUCCAAUCCAAUCACACCUCUCAGAGAAUACAACAGAGAUUUCUAUUGUAAAUCAAUUGUUUCCUCAACAUGAAGAUUACACCACAGUAUAUGAUCACCAUAACCUUUUAAAUCAUCAAACCAUAAUGGCACAUGCAAUUCAUUUAUCUUCUAAAGAACGUAAGCUAAUCAAGGAACGUAAUGUCGGAAUUUCUCAUUGUCCAAAUUCAAACUUUACACUUUGCUCUGGUGUGUGUAAUGUUCGUCAGUUGCUUGAUGAAGGUAUUAAAGUUGGUUUGGGCACAGAUAUAAGCGGAGGUUUCUCUAAAUCGAUUUUAGAUUCUAUACGAAAUGCUAAUGUUGCUAGUCGAAUAGUUUAUCUUUCAUCAAAGACAAGUGAUAAAGUUUACCCACACCUCACACUUCCGGAACUAACAUACCUUGCAACUAUGGGUGGUGCUCAGCUUGUAAAUCUUGAAAAUGUAAUUGGAAAUUUUAUAAUUGGAAAGGAAUUUGACGCGUUAUUGAUUGAUCCGGAAGCGGAAGGAUCACCUAUGCAAAUCUUUGAUGAAAUUGACACUAUUGAUAGAAUAUUUGAAAAAUUUAUAUUUCUUGGAGACGAUCGAAACAUUAAAGCUGUAUUUGUUAGAGGACAAUUUAAUUCAAAUUUUUUUGCAAGUUCAUCAUAUUUAAUUGAACUGAAUUCGUUGAAUUGGGUUAAAGAAGAUGCCGUUGAUUCUAAAAUUUUAUGA